AAUUAAAGACCCUGACAGAGAGGCUGCCAGAGCAGAACCAUGUCUCUGUACCGCAACUCCGCCUGGUUCCUGAAGGGACUGACCGAGUUUACCAGGAAUGGCUUCCUGUCAGCCUCCAAGCGGUUUGUGGAAAAGGACCUGGACGUGUCCGUGGCUGGACGCUCCUUCAUGAUUACUGGAGCCAACAGUGGCAUCGGCAAAGCCACCGCCAUGGCUAUCGCUAAGAGAGGCGGAACAGUCCACAUGGUGUGCAGGAACAAGGACAAGGCCGAGGAGGCGAGGGCUGACAUCGUCAAGGAGACGGGAAACAAAGAGAUCUACGUCCACAUCCUGGACAUAUCCGAGACCAAGAAGGUCUGGGAGUUUGCUGAAGCCUUCAAGAGGAAGUACAAGAGCCUCAAUGUGCUGAUUAACAACGCAGGUGCCAUCAUGAGUCAGAGGGACGUGAAUGCUGAGGGACUGGAGAAGAGCUUUGCCACCAACGUCCUCGGAGUUUACAUCCUCACCAAGACUCUCAUUCCUUUACUGGAGAAGAGCGCAGAUCCCAGAGUGAUCUUAGUGUCUUCAGGGGGGAUGCUUGUGCAGAAGCUUAGGAUAGGAAACCUGCAGUCUGACAGAGGCCGGUAUGACGGAACCAUGGUCUACGCCCAGCACAAAAGGCAGCAGGUCGUGAUGGCAGAGCAGCUGGCGAAGACUCACACCAACAUCCACUUCUCCGUUAUGCAUCCCGGCUGGGUGGAUACUCCAGCGGUGGCCAACGCCAUGCCAGACUUCCAUCGCUCCAUGAAGAACAGCUUGCGGACGCCAGAUCAGGGGGCUGACACCGUAGUGUGGCUAGCUGUCUCUGAGGCUGCUGCCACAAACCCCAGCGGACGUUUCUACCAGGACAGGAAAAUGGUGUCCACCCACCUGCCGCUGGCCUGGACUCACAGCUCCCCUCUGGAGGAACAAAAGCUUUUGUCUCUGCUGGAGGACUUGGCCAAGACGUUUCAGCCUCACUGAGUAAGCAGGAGACACCACAUCCACUAACGGCUGCAGUUUAUAUCGACGAGGCUGAGUUUCACCUCCAAGCUGAGAAAGAGGGAACAGAUCUGGAUCUGCUGGAGCUGAAGUAGGACAAACCAGUGCCACAAGUUCCAGGCUUGAAGUGGUCACACACAUGAAGUGAUGUGUUUUUGGAGAUUCAGCCUCAUGACGGCAGAUUAAACUCAUUCUAACUGAGGAAUUAGCAGAUUUGUAACGUUUUAUAACCUUUUAUGUGACCAAACUGUUUAAGAACUACAUUUACUGUACGAGUGUUUGACGGUGAUGCUGCAGCUCACACACACAAAAAACACACACACUCACACACAAAGUGACUUUAUUAACAGAGUCAAUCAGAUGGGAAUCUGAUGUGACUGAAGUCAGUGUGUUCACACAUUCACACACCAGCUUUGGGUUCAGCAUCACGCCUGUUUUUGUAACUUACAACGCGUCCAGGUGUCUAACAUCCCUGUCAGUAACAUAAGUGUGUGUGUGUGUGUGUGUGUGUGUGCGUGUGCAAUGUAGUGUAGCUCCUGUUGUGCACAGGCUGAACCCAAACUGGAGGUGUGUUUUCUCUGAGCUGUGUGCCACACACACACACACACACACACACAAAACGCAGCAGCAUCACUUGACAUUUAUGAUCUGCCCAGCACCUUAAAAAAAGAAAAGAAAAAUGCUUUGACUGACUGACUUUGACUUGUUUUCAUCCUGUAAACACGCGUGAAUAAAGAAAAUCACUGAUC